AUGUCCUCACUACAGUUCAGCUCCUACGACGGAUACGGCCAGUACGCGCUGGAGAACUUCCACUACUCGCAGGCGGUGCGUCUCGGUGACCGCAUCGAGUGCGCCGGCCAAGGCGGAUGGGACCCGGCCACAAACGCGAUCCCGGACGACAUCGAGGAGCAGAUCGCUCAGGCCUUCGAGAACGUUGACUUGACAGUGCGCACGGCUGGCGGAAAGGGCUGGGACCAAGUCUACCGUGUUAACUCGUACCAUAUCCCCCUGGACGAGAAGGCGCUCAACGCCAUGGUUGAGAACUUCAGGAAGUGGUGCCCGAACCACAAGCCGCUGUGGACUUGUAUCGGCGUGCCGCAGCUCGGCUUGCCUGCCAUGAAGGUCGAGAUCGAGGUUGUGGCCUACGACCCGAAGUAG